CAAAGAACAAUUCGCCGGUGAAUCGGACACCGCUAGUAGCGAAUAUGUCCACAAAUGAUUCAUUAUCACAAAAAGACUGGUUCAGAAGAACGACUCAUAUGUGAAACAAGUUAUCUUAAGUUGCUGACGGGUGUUAUUUUUUGCUUCAGAGUGGGGGAUUUUCACGAGGGUGAGAGCCAGAGCUGAAAGCGAAAGCGGGAGAUGAACCGUGCGCCCGGGCGUCGCGCCUCAGUAGCUACUGUUCAAACAAACACAACAUGGACAAGAGCGGAUUCAGAGCGAUGCUGCUAGCGAUCUCUGAUAAACUCACUGAAGACAACUUGACAAGCUUAAAGUUUCUGUGCACCGACAUCGGGAAGAAAAGGCUCGAGAAGAUCAAUAAGGGGAUUGAUCUUUUCGAGUGCUUGAUCGAAAAAACUACAAUUGGGCCUGAUAACACGGAACUUCUGCGAGAACUUCUAAUCCAGAUCGGCCAGAGAGUUCUUCUGGAAACAAUAGAUGAUUAUGAGAGAGGAGCGACAGAAAGCCGCGCUGCUGGUGUACUGGACUCGAAAGAGCGAGAAAAAAUAAACAUUGCAACUGAAGUAAUCGUUGAACAUUUGGGUAGAAAGUGGCUCCAGUUUGGAAGGAAACUCGGACUUCAACACACUCAGCUGGAAGGCAUACAGGAGAAGCACAGCCGUGAGCUGGAGGAGCAGGUGAGGGAGCUCAUCAGACAGUGGAUGAAGAUGAGGAAAGAAAACGCCAGAGUGGAGGAUCUCAUCAAAGCUCUGCGGGACUGCAAACAGAACCUCACCGCUGACCUUGUGGAGAAAAACCUCAAAGACCUCGAUGCACAUUAAAAAAAAUAAUCACUGUUCUAUUAUAAAACAACAGAACUUUGGGGUUAAUAAUGUGAUUAAUGUGAAAAGUGCGAAUGAACUGAAUUAAAUUGUGUUUACAGAUCUUUCGGAAUUAAUUGUACACAGCCUUGGUAAAUAAAUAUUAAUUUAGAUAAUAUAUUUUACACGAUAUUGCAAGAAAAUGAUUUUUUUUAAAUAAUUGUCUUAAUAGACACUCUUGCAAAGCGUAAGGAUUUUUCAGUUUUUACAGAACAUACUCAUAACACAACACUGUUCUUGUAGGAAUAAAGGGACUAUGCUGUAUAAUUGAACAAUGUGCCUCAUAACAGGCCUUUCAGCUGUUUGAUGAAGCGUAUUUUGAGUCAUAGCUUUUACUCAUUCUAUACUUCACAGAAGUAUAGAAAUGCUCAAUCGUUAUAUUUACGCAGGUUGUUCCAUCUAAAUCCUGAGAUUUAAAUAUUGUACAAAAAGGCUGUCAAAUCAAAGUUCAAACUGCCUCACAGUGGCACGUGUUCAACGUGUUUCAGUCACCUGACAUGUCUUCUCCGCUCCACCAGAAAGAUUUCUGGAGAUUGCAUCAUUUGGGAACAGUUUAUUUUGAGUCGUCUGUGCUUUGUGCCACACUGGUUGUAUAGGUUGAGGUUCCCAAAAGCAGCCUAAAUGGCUUGUAUAGAGACCACUGGUGCCAAUGGUUUCUACUUAAAGGCUGGAUGACACCACAAUUUUUAAAACUGGAACAAAUAUUAAAACUAGGUAUAAUUCAUUUGCAGACUUUGUAAAUGGUUUAUUAGAAAAACUGGGCAUCAUACACUUAAGCACAAGUUGUUGCUGGGAGACACACCAAAUGUAAACAAUUGUUCUAACACAGGUUCGGAAUUUCAUGUUUAAUGUUCUCCGAACGGACAGAUUCAUAAUCUACAGCUAAAGCAACACAAAACACUGUGACUACAUAACACAUUACUCAGACUGUCCAGAAGUCUUCAGAAUGGCUUUGACUUUUGGCAGCUAGCUUUGAUUCCUCCAGACUGCAAAUGGGGGCAAUAAUGCAUUCGGCGUUUAGGUUUAUGAUGCUUUUGGGAAACACAACCGAGGUCAGUUAGAACAGUUGAGCUCAAAUUUAGCUUUGAAUUCAUAACAGUUCUUAAUUCUUGGAUUUGAUGUUGCUGCUUUAUAAUUCAUCUGUGCUCUUUCUGUUUAUCAGUAACCCACAUCUGUCAGUGUGUACAGCAAUGCAUAUCUCCAAUAAAAUUCCAGAAUUGCAAUACUUUUAAUAAUAAAGAUGCUCAUAUCUCUAAAAAGCCA